ACGGCAUAAUGGCGACUCCAGUAGAGUCGGUUGUUGAGGAUAAAAAAGAUAAAGAGAAACCUAUUGAUAGAGAAAAGACAUGCCCUCUUCUUCUGAGGGUUUUUAUCAGCACAGGCAGACACCAUCCUUUGAGUGACUAUUCUAGAGGAAAUGUCCCAGCCAAUGAACUUCAGAUAUAUACCUGGAUGGAUGCUACUUUGAAAGAGUUGACAAGUUUAGUCAAGGAAGUUAAUCCAGAUGCUAGGCGUAAAGGGACAUAUUUUGACUUUGCUCUUGUUAUUCCUGAUCAUCGUGGUAUAGGAUGCAGGAUGACAGACAUUGGUAGUACUUGCUCUGGGCAGAAGGGAGUUGACGAUAAUAAGACCCUCUCCCAGUGUAGGUUUCAGAUUGGUGACUUUAUGGAUAUAGCUAUUUCUCCACCACCACCCAGGGGUUCUUUUGGAUCCAGACGAGGGCGAUCAUCUAGGAGCAUCAACCCAGAUCUUACACCUCCCAUAGAUUUGCACCCUGGAUGGCUGCACCUCUUGACCCUUGGAACAUUACUGCCUUUACAGCUAAAACCUAGCAGCACAAUGUGCAAAAAAUAAAACCCCAGAUGUGAUGUUGCAUAAUACACUACAAAAUAUUUUGCUUGCAAGGAUACAACAGCAUACUGUGAAUUUGGAUACUCAGUGAUUUUAGUGACUUUUUUUUUCCAUUGCUACGUAGCAUACUAUACUUGAGGGUUCAAAGGGAAUACUAUGAAAUUGAAAAGAUUAAUUCCUCAGUACUUUAAGCAGGAUGUUUCUGGUUUAAAGAUUUACUGAUGCUUUAUUCACCAGUUUCUUAUGAAAAAAGCAUGUUUAAGAUUUUAUCAAUCUGUUUAUUUUUGUCACUAUUUUAAAAAGUAUUGCAGGACUAGCUUGCUUAUACUGUAUGAUUAGUUAUACUAGCCAGUAAGAGAGAUCCUACCAGAGAAUCCAUCACAAGAAGAUUGUGACCAGGAGCAUUAUUUCACAAAAGCCUUUUGGAGGGGGAGAGGGAGCAAAGGCUGACCUUGCAUGGUGUAAUUUGCAUAUAUUUGUUAAUCUGGACUGACUAGAAAUGUCUCACAGAAAUUUCCAAACAGCAUAUUAGUGUGUCAAUCUUUUAAAUUUGAGAGAAACACAUCAACACGGAUAGAAAUAAAGGAUUUUGAUUUAAUGGAACA